GGUGAACAUCUUUCUUUCCGGACAAUACCCAUGUCUCUGAUUCGAACUUUUUCCAUGAUGUUAGGAGAAAUAGACUUUUUGGGUACUUACGUCAGACCAUACUACAUGACUAAUGACGCUGAAAAAUCUUUUCUACCAUUUCCAAUACCAGCUUUCUUGAUUCUUGGUCUCUUCAUGGUGCUGAUGCCAAUAUUGCUGAUGAACCUCCUAAUCGGUUUGGCUGUUGGUGAUAUUGAGUCUGUCAGGAGAAAUGCUCAAUUGAAAAGGCUUGCAAUGCAGGUUGAGCUACACACCGAACUGGAGAGGAAAUUACCCCAUUGUCUACUAGAAAAAAUCCACAAAAGCGAAUUGAUUGAAUAUCCGAACAGUACAAAAUCCAAAAUAGGAUUUUUGGACUCAAUCCUCAAAAAAUGGUUUGGUAAUCCAUUUUCUGGAGAAG